ACGUGGGGUUUUUUAUCUCUUAUUUAUGUCCUCGUUUUUUCUACAUUCCUAAUUUCCAUGAGAAUGUUGUGGACUGCGCUUAUUCAUUUGGUCCUGCCAGCGGUUCUGAUUUCGGGUGAGUUCACAGACCCCCACUGUUCCGGCAAGCAGGUCAUAGUUCAUCUGUUUGAAUGGAAAUGGACGGCCAUCGCAGAAGAGUGCGAGAGAUUCUUGUCAAACAAGGGAUUCUGUGGUGUUCAGGUGUCCCCUCCAAAUGAGCACGUGGUCGUCCACAAAGAGUACGAGCGGCCGUGGUGGGAGAGAUACCAGCCCGUCAGUUACAACCUGACCAGUCGCAGUGGCACAGAGGCAGAGUUCACGGACAUGGUACACAGGUGCAAGGCCGUUGGUGUGAGGAUAUAUGUCGACGCUGUUGUAAACCACAUGGCAGGAAUUGGCAGAUCAGGAGUGGGGACUGCUGGCAGCCAUUUUGACUCUGAUGCCCGCGAUUUCCCAGGAGUGCCAUAUUCUAGACAACACUUCAAUGACAAUCAUGACAAAAGCAGAUGUCACUCUACUGACGGCUAUGUUAAUAACUAUGCAGAUCCUCUAAAUGUUCGCAACUGUUUUCUAGUGGGUCUAACCGAUCUGGAUCAAAGUCAAGCCUACGUCCAGGAUAAAAUCGCUGGAUACUUCAAUCAUCUCAUUGACAUUGGCGUUGCAGGCUUUCGCAUUGAUGCUGCUAAACAUAUGUGGCCUGGCGACAUCAGAGCUAUUCAGGACAAGACAAAGAAUCUUCCAGAAGGAGGGAAAACAUUUUUCUACCACGAGGUAAUCGACCAGAACGAUGGCGCUGUCAAAGUAAACGAGUACAUACCUCUGGGAUAUGUAUCUGAGUUCAGGUUUUGCCAGAAGAUCGCGUGGGGUACUAGGGACUUUGGCAGAUAUGGAGAAGUUAUAGACUAUGGGUGGGGAAUGACACCUUCCGAUCACGCCUUUGUCUUCGUGGAUAAUCAUGACAACCAAAGGGGUCACGGCGGAGGUGGCAACCAAAUUACUCACAAAACUCCAAGAGAUUAUAAAUUCGCCGUAGCGUUCAUGUUGGCGUACAAUUAUGGAUUUACCAGGAUCAUGAGCAGCUACUUUUUCGACAAUACCGACCAAGGUCCUCCAGCAGACAAUAACUAUAUGACCAAGGAUGUUCCAAUUAAAGCAGACGGUAGCUGUGGUAACGGGUGGGUGUGUGAGCACAGAUGGGAUCCAAUAGCCAACAUGGUGGCCUUCAGAAACGCCGUCGUUGGCACCGACAUACAACACUGGUACGACGACGGUAACAUCGUCGCGUUUGCGCGAGGUGACAAAGGAUUCUUUGUUCAGUCAAAGAAUGGAAACAUCGACCAGACGUUUAUCACGGGACUUCCGGCUGGCCAAUACUGUGACCUCAUUCACGACUGCCAACAGAAAAUAACAGUCGAUGGAUCGGGCAGGGCGCACAUCCGGGCCAUAAGCACAGAUGAACCAAUUGUUGCUUUUGUUACAGGAGGUCCAGGUGGUCCGAUCCAUUUCAGGAAUCCAACCCCAGCUCCAGGAACAUCGCAUCUCUUGAUGACUGGCCAACCAUUGCCAACAGCGCCCUCUAGUUUCACACAUACCGUGAUUCUCGUUGAGAAACAGACAGCACCAGGACAGGAUCUCUUCAUCAGAGGUGGAAUUGAUCACAACAACAUGUCGGGUUGCUCCACGAAUGCCCAGACGAGCGCCUGUGCUAUCCCGAUCAGACACCGCCAGCUGGGCUCGAGUCUGCACUUCGCCAAGGUGAACGUCUGGUCGGUGGGGGACUCCCACCUCGACUGGUACGGCACCGAGUCUGGCCAGGGCUCGUACCGCGGUCGUCUGGCGGACGGCACUCCAGCCUUGUGGACAACCAACAGACACGGUCAUGUCGGACACAGCUCGUACAAUAGAUUUGGAGAUCACUACUGGCUUGUGGGUGUGGACAUGGAUUGCUCUCGUACAAGGAACGGAUUCUUCGAGGUCAAGGCCAUCGUGAACGGCGUCUGGGAACACGACGGCUUGGGAGGACGUCGUUGUUCAGGUGUCGGGGCCGCCGAUCCGCCGUACUCCUCGGCUAACCACUGGGCCAGAUGUGGAUUCGUUAACAUCUUCCAUUUUGGAUCUGAAAGAUGUGAAAUCGACCCGCUGACAGCAUGAUGAUGCGGUACACUUUCAGAGUAGCAUUGUUAUUUAUUUUGUGAAUUAAUUAAUUCACUUUUAUCACUGUG